CUGUCAAUCACCUGUCAAUAUUAAAUAUUUAUUUUUAAUAGCUUAAAGAUUUUUUUUAAUUAAAACUGACUAUACAAUGAAUGAUGAUAAUGUUCAAGUGACUAAGGGAACAAGCUAUUGGGGUGAAAUACCCAUGAAUACCAGCGAAUUACCCGUGUGGGAUGUAUCUGAAGAUAUAGAAAGGUCUAUGGAUCCAAAUUGUUUAGAUCCGUACCACAGCGAUGAAGAAGAUCCAGUUCAAGUUGAUAAUUUAGUUUUACCAGCUAUGGACCCAAUGGUAUUACUUGCAAUUCAGUUACACAAAUGGAAAAACGACAUGAUCGAAAUAACUGCCUUGGCGGAACUAGCUUCGAGAAAUAAUCUGAUACCCUCUGCCGAUGCAGUACCCCCAAAACCAGAAAUGCCUGCUAUACAAUCAAAGCUCAAAACGAAUAUAUUAAAUUAUAUGGAGGCUUCGACAUCUUUAGAGUCGUUGAGAGAUGAAGUGGAGAUACCUCAAAUUAGUCACCCAAUUGUAAGAAAUAUUUUAGUUAAAUGUGUAGCUACACUGACUGCUCAUAUUGGUUUUGAAACUACUCAUCAGAGUGUUUUAGACAUCCUUGUCGACGUACUUGAACAGUUUUUUAUUAAAUUUUGUGACAGAUUUACCACAGCAUUGAACGAAGAAGAAACCUUGGAUAGCGGAGGUUUUCCAAACACUCUAGAACGAGUUCUAGUUGAUUUAGGUUUGGGAGGGGCAAAAGGACUGCAUGAUUUCUACCAAAGUAGGGUCAUAAAGUACGUAAAUGUUUUACAGAAAAGAUGUAAAGAAUUGGAUGAUACCUAUGACAAGUUUUUGAUGGGAGAGAAUGAACCUGCCACCUCAGAAUCGGAUGAUUUGGAAGAAUCAGUAUUAGUAGAAUAGUAUAAGAUAUAAAUAUAAGUUUUUUCAUGGUCUAAUGGUAUUCAAAUUUAAAUAUUUUGGCGCGAAUUGCCGCGGAACUGGCCUUGUGAAGUUAGGUACGGAAGAGUGGCAGCUGUCGUGCGUCAUUCGAAGUAGAGGUGGGCCAGUCUGCGAUUUUUGUGGAGCUGCUACGCUCUGCGACUGCUCCAAUAAAAGCACUGUGACAAGUAGCAGCGAUUUUUCGGAGCAAUUAACCUAUAAAUUAAAAAUGUAGUUUUAUAGGUUAAUUGCUCC